UAUUGCUGUACAGUCAGUGAAGGGCAGAAAGCGGCACAGGCGCACACAGGCGAGCUGGAUUAGACUCGGACUGGAUGGCAGGAUGACAUGCUCAGACAACAAGACUACACACACGUCACUGAUUAAAACUAACUGUCGCCGCAUGCGUACGAUAAAGCUGUCAACAUCGCUUUGUGUGAACACAUUGAGUCGCGGUCGCGUUUAGUGGACGCGCAGAGAUGGACGCUCAUCUGUGGGAUCAUCUUCAGGCUGGCAGCUCGGAGGUGGAUUGGUGCGAAGGCAAUUAUCUCAUUUAUCCUGGCAUAGCGGAGUUUUAUAACACGAUAAGCAACGUGCUGUUCUUCGUCUUGCCUCCAAUCCUCAUGUGUCUGUUUCGCCAGUACGCCACACACUUCAACAGUGGCAUCUAUCUCAUCUGGACUCUGCUGGUGGUUGUUGGUAUCGGCUCCACUUACUUCCACGCGACGCUGAGCUUUCUGGGGCAGAUGCUGGAUGAGCUGGCCAUACUGUGGGUGCUCAUGUGUGCCAUCGGCAUGUGGUUUCCCAAGAGAUAUCUGCCCAAGAUAUUCCGCAGAGACAGGUCGAGGUUCAAAAUGGUCAUCGGCAUCCUCUCAGGGAUCACCACCUGUCUGGCCUUCAUCAAGCCAGCGAUAAACUCCAUCUCUCUGAUGACGUUGGGCAUCCCGUGCACCGCUCUUCUCAUCACGGAGCUAAAGAGGUGUGAUAACCUGCGUGUGUUUAAGCUGGGUCUGCUCUCGGGUCUGUGGUGGACCCUGGCUCUCAUGUGCUGGAUCAGCGAUCGCAUUUUCUGUGAGAUGUGGUCGUCUGUCAACUUCCCGUAUCUACACUGUGUCUGGCAUAUCCUCAUCUGCCUGGCGUCCUAUCUGGGAUGUGUGUGUUUUGCUUACUUCGACGCGGCGUCGGAGGCUCCAGAGCAGGGGCCCGUUGUCAAAUUCUGGCCCAGCGAGAAAUGGGCUUUUAUUGGCGUGCCGUACGUCACUCUUCUCUGCGUGCACAGGAAGCCCUCUAUUAAGGUGACUUGAGCUGUGCUUCCUAAGGUAUCUGACUACACUUCAAUGCACUUUGUAAUGGACAUUCACUCGAAGGAGAAUCCUGCUUUUGCAUGUGGAUUUGUAAGGCUUUGUUUUGGGGAAGGACGACAGUCAAUCAGUGUUAUUUGUGUGAGUAUUUAAUAGCUUAACAGCACAAAAGGAGCUUUCGGUUUACUUUGAAAUCAAUUGUGUGAUACGGGGAUUUUAUGUUAUAAUGUUACAUGAUGUUACACAAUCGGUCAGAAGUUUGGAAUAAUUACGAUUUUCUGAAAGAAGUUUCUUCUGCUCGCCAAGGCUGCAUUUAUUUGAUGAAAAAUACAGUAAAAGCAGUAAUAUUGUGAAAUAUUAUUAUAAUUUAAAAGAACUGUUUUCUAAGUUCAUAUAUUUUAAAAUGUAAUUUAUUCCUUUGAUGCAAAGCUGAAUUUUUAGCAGCCAUUACUCCAUUAGUCUUCUGCGGUUGUUGAUUUGCUGCUUAAUAUUUUUAAAACACUACCGUUCAAAGGUGAAGUGUAAAAAACUCAAAACUGUUUUAAACAUUGCUAAUAAGAACCAUUAUUAAUAACUGAGCAGCAAAGGACAUUAGAAUGAUUUCUGAAUGAUCAUGUGACACUGAAGACUGGAGUAAUGAUGCUGAAAAUUCAGCAUUUGCAUCACAGAAAUAAAUUGCAUUUUACAAUAUAUUCACAUAGAAAACAGUUAUUUUAAAUCAUAAUAAUAUUUACUGAAUUUCUAAUCAAGCAGGCUUCUUUCAAAAACAUUUAAGAAAUUGUAAGACUUCCAAACCUUUUUACAUAUAUGUCAAACAAAAAUGGGAAGAGGACUUUUAAAACAUUGUAUGUUAAUAUUGUGAAAUUUUGAGUGUUAUAUUAUGUUAACACAAAGCAUGUUAUUUCACAGUAGUACUACUAGUUAGUCACCUUUUUUGACAACAGUAUAUACAUUUAUUUUAAAUCGAAAAGGUGUGCUAAGUGAUUUUUCAGUUUCACUGGUUAAUAUAACCAAGGACUUGGGACUUUUUACUGACACCUACUGGUGUGAACGCAGCUUUACGCAAAAGUCUUCAGUAUUCACAUGCAUUUAUUCCAUUUAACAAUUAAUUUAUUUUAAUAUAAAGAGGAAUUUUUACGCUUGCGCUGCUGACUGGAGUGUUUAUCUCAUGUUAAGGUACAUCAUUUUAAACAUAAGUACUAUUAAUUUAUUUUGGUGUAAAAGCUAAAGUGGAAAAAAUUACUUAGCGCACCUUUGUGAAUAGUUUUAGGAGACAAAAUCAUCUCCAGCAUCAGAAUUAAUACAGGGGAAAACAUCAAGGUUGUUUACCCCAUUGCAUCUCAUCCGCAGGCCUGAUACCUCUAUCCUGAAAUAUGAUGUCGAUAUUUAACGCAGCAUAAACUGUACGUUAGAUAUUCUCAACUAUGUCGCACUACUGUGAAAUGAAUGCAGUGACUGGUUUUAAAACACUGCAUGAUAAUUGGUGAACUGAAUGUAAAGGAAAUCUCCCUUGAGAAAGAACGAAUGUCUUCUUCAUGUCUUCUUCACUCAGAAAUGUGUAUAUAUCUAUAUAUAGCCUAAUGCUUUUUCUUAGCUAAACGUAAAUUUUACCUGUAUCUCUACACUUGUACAAAGGCCUUUUGCAGUUUGUCAAAGAACAAUUUGCCAUUGAUCAGUGGAUCUUUCGUUUGUACUGCAAAACAGAACAGUGAUUUUUCAAAGUACCAAAAACCUUAUGUACAGUAUGCAAUAAAACAAAUUCAGCUGUGGUUUAUUCACAAAUGACACGUUCAAGCUGCUUUCCUCCGAUGCCAUAAAAUUGCAUCAGUAUUUCUGAGAGAAACUGAACGUUAUUGCCACUUACCCAGAGCAGCAGAUUUUUAAAGCAGCGUGAUUUUGUAUUUUUGUGUAACUUUCUGCCCAUGCAAUGCACAAAUAUGUACUGUAAGCCAAUGCAGUGGCUAUAACAUGUGUGAGAGGCAAUGUGUGUGAGUGUGUGUGUGUGUUUUCAGACCCAGGUGCAACACAGGGACCAAGUAUACAAAGACUAUUUAUUUUUGCGACUUUUAACCGAUUCAUAAUUUUGUAACUACCACUGAUUAAUGAUUUUGUAAUCAAAUGAGUUUGAUUGUAUUUUUACACUUUAUUUAAUAAAAACAUGCUACAAAUUAA